AUGCUUCCUGAAAAACCGGGGUUUGAAGUGAGCCCUGUCCCGACGACAGAAGAAGGAGCCCGCACCAUCUGGGAUAUCGAAAUGGCCGCGCAGAAUGAUAGCAACAAGAAAAAGAAUAGCUCCAUUGGAUCCUUACUCUGGCCACCCCAUCUGCAACCCAAAGUUGAGGCAGCAGCAAGACCAUCGGAUGGUCAAGACGACGACAUCCGCCGCAUGAUCCCCAUGCUUGGAGAUCCCAAAAACACUUACCUUCUAGUAACCGACAAAGCAACGAAUAAGGCCCUAGCUUUUGUCUGGUGGUCUCACAGCCAGGGCCAGACAAAAGCCCAGUGGGCAGAAGGCUAUGCCAACCGAUAUCGCCCGCCUACUAUGAAUGGUGCACUGAUGGAUGCAACAGGCGGAGUGCGAUAUCUGAAGCGAGCAGAGCUGCUUGGGGAGAAGGAAUAUUUCCAUCUGAAAGAAUUAUAUGUUCUUCCGGAGUAUCAGCGCCAAGGGCUAGGAGGUCUAUUAGUAGCGUUUGGUGUUCAGAAGGCAGAUGAACUUGACCUACCCGCUUACACUGAGGCAUCUCAGGAAGUAGUAGAGCUGUAUCUCAAGCAUGGGUUUCAAGAUCGAGUGACAGUUGACUUGGAAAAAUGGGGUGGCUCAGUGGGAGAUUUCAGUUCUUUAUGGCCUUUUGUACAGAGAUUCCAAGCCGGUCACAGCUAUUGA